AUGGCCUCCGUCAGCACUACAGUCCAAGCGACCUCCGAGUCACAGCAACUUGAGCUAUCAAUUGUCGCCAUCCCGAACGCUGCGCAAUCAGUCGAGACGACCGAGUCAGAACCUUGCUUGAGCGAAAGAUCGUUGCGCGAGCAGAAGCUAGAAGAAGACGGAAACGCCAUCGUUACUAGUGGUGACUUUGCGUCAACGGAGGAGGAGAGAAUGUUUGGUAUCUCAAACGUGUUUGCAAAUGUAAAGGAACAGGCCAAGAAGGUUGGCCCAGGUAUCAGCUCAGUUCUGUCGGCAGGGGCUGAGCAUGUUGCACAAGUUUGGAAGGUUGUGCCGGCCGUCAGCUCAGCUGUUAGGGCACAGGCCGAGAGGGUUGUGGUGGCGCUCGACUCGGCAAAGACUUCGGUUGUGAAACAGUUGCAUGUCCCAUUUGGUGUGCAUGCACUGAAGAAAGCAGACUCAGAAGACGCUAAUAAAGCUGUUGAACGACUGGAAAAGUUGGUUUGGGGACCAAGUGUCGUGAAGGAGCUGGAUGGGGAUUUCGCACUCGUGAAGGAGCUCGAUGAUGUACCGGAGAACACCAUGGUGAGGCUGGAUACGAUAGAGGAAUCGCUGAAAAAGUACCGCUCGCUUCGUGAGUCAUUUCCAAAGCACUUGGAUGACUCGCUGACGGCGAAGAAAGUUCGUGGUUUUAUCUUUGCAGCAGAUGCCACGGACGCUAACAGCGGUGCUGAUCCAGACGUCUUCUACUCGAUGGUGUAUCGGGAUUGGUUGCUCAAGGACCUUGGCCUUGUUGAUGCCUCCCGAAAAGAAAUGACUGAUAAGGGCCAUGAACUACUGGAGCAACUUCUCAAGAAUCCGGUUGCGUUAAAGUUGUUCGGGCCUCUCAUGGACGAAACGAGGCAACUUGACGAGAUCUACAGUGCGCUAUCUCGACCGAAGAUCGGGUUUUCGCAAAUGGAGGAGGACGCCGCUGAGCUUCUGGUCAAGAUCCACACCUACGUGAAACUACUCGACAAAAAAACAGCCAAGAAAAAGCAGGCUGAAAUUGAUCAGUGGGUUAAGAAUCACUACAAGAUUGUGGUUGAAGGGUGGAAACUGCCAGAAAUGAAAAACCACCUGCGCAUUACCGACGAGACACGACGAGACAGCCUUGCGUUCGAGAUGCUGGUCGGCCUAAAAGUGGCCCGCAUGAAGAACGACUUGUUCAAGGAAGGCACUCCUGAAGUUGUACAAAAUAAAGCCUUUCAUGUCGUAGACGAUCUUGAAAAGGACAAGCUUGCUCAGAAGUAUCUGCCAGAAGCCGUAGGAAGCGACAAGUCGGAGCAGCAAAUUGUCCAUCUACUAGACGAAGGCAAUAUAGAGCUUGGUGAGGUGCAACACACCGAUGUCAUGGAGGCAUCGAAGUUACUGAUGCGGGUUCGAGAAUUAGUCAAGCACAUGUCGAUCUGA